GGUCACUAGACAGGAAGCGGUGUUUGUUUACGGAAGUAUUUGUUCUUAUUCAUCAGACUUAAGACUGAUGUUUACAGUAAUUAAGCUAAUAAAACUAAAUUAAAGUAUUUAUUGUUACAGAAAUGAUCCGUAAACGGACACGAGGACUGACGCCGCCAUAUUUAAGCAUGAUGGGGAGAGAAAAAACAUCUCCUCCACCUGCUCAGUCUCAGUUCCAUCUGGACCUCUGGUUCUCUUUCACACUACAGAACUGGAUCCUGGACUUCGGGAGGCCGAUAGUGAUGAUUAUAUUACCUCUGGAAUGGUUUCCUUUGAACAAGCCCAGUGCUGGAGAUUACUUCCACAUGGCCUACAACGUCAUUACACCGUUUCUACUGCUGAAGCUGAUGGAGAGAAGUCCUACAACGCUGCCUCGCACUGCUGUGUACCUGAGCAUCAUCACCUUCGUCAUGGGCGCCAGCAUCCACCUGGUGGGGGACUCCAUCAACCACCGCCUGAUCCUCAGCGGCUACCAGCUCCACCUGUCCGUCCGAGACAACCCCAUCAUGAAGGACCUGAAUCCUCCCUCACUGAUCGACUCCUUCGAGCUCCUUUAUUACUACGACGAGCAUUUAGGACACUCCAUGUGGUACGUCCCGUUCUUCCUCAUCCUCUUCCUCUUCUUCACGGGCUGCUUCACACAAUGCAAAGAGGAGAAGAUGCCGCAUUCGGGUUGGCUGCUCCUGGGUCCCAGUGCCCUCUAUUACUGGUACCUGGUGACAGAAGGACAGAUUUUCGUCCUGUACAUCUUCACGUUCUUCGCCAUGGCUGCCACAAUUAUGCGGCAGAAACGAAAAGGCUACGUGUUGGACAGUAACGGUCGCUUCCUGCUUUACAACUUCAUCAUCACGCUGGUCCUGGUGAUCGUUUGGGUCGUCUAUCUGUGGAACGACGCCGUCCUGCGCAAGAAAUACCCCGGUAUCAUCUACGUACCGGAACCGUGGUCUUAUUACACGUUACACAUUAAGGGCAGUUAGUGGGAGGUAACAGGAAGUCGGUUACGAGUCGUCUUGAGAGCGGUUCGCGAGAGGAGAGCGUUCUGUAACGAGAGACUGUAACGUAUUCAACGGAAAGGUUCCACGUUAAAGGACCAGUAAGCAGUGUUUGUGAUGCUUUACUAUGCUCAGAUUCAGAUCAGCCAAUCGCACGCGUCCGUGAGCUCACGUAGGCAGAACAGAUUCAUCUCGACUACCAGAUCGGCUUCAUUUAAGAAAUAAAAUAUAUAAAAAUAAAAAAAAUCAUUAAAUUAAAUAUUAAAGGUUUAGUCAUUUAAAAAUAUAUUGCUUUACAUCAGAUAGAAUGUUACUUAUCGCCGCUUUAAACCAUGCAGGUGCUUUAAUUCCAGCAGGUGAUUCAUUUGACAAAUGAAUCACAAUGAAUCAAAAACAAAUAGAAAACGCAGAUUCAGAUUCUGCAGAUUCUGUUUAGGGAUUUUUAAACAGCAGCUUGAUACACAGGUUAGAGAACACGCACGAGGUAAAGGAACCAUUACAGUAGAGUUCUAUCACAUGCUGAAAGAAAGACAAAAACCUUUAAACUGAUAUCAUUCAAUAUUUUUGAAACAUUCCUGUCAUUUCUACUGGACAUUUUGCACACCAGCGUUAAUCAAUAAGGAACAUCAGCACUUGUGUUUGAGUGGUUUAGUGUUUAAUGUAGAUUAUUGUUAUAUGUUGUUAUGUCCUGAAAUCUGCCUUUGUUUUACAUUCUUUAUUACACACACACACACACAGACACACACACAGAGACACACACACACAGACACACACACACAGACACACACAGACACACACACACACACACACACACAGACACACACACAGACAGAGACACACACACAUACAGACACACACACACAGACACACACACACAGAUACAGGCACACACAGACACACACACACACACAGACACAGACACACACACAUAGACACACACACACAUAGACACAUACAUACACACACACAGACAAACACACACACAGACAGAGACACACACACAGACAGAGACACACACACAGACAGAGACACACACACACACACACACACACACACACACAUACAGACACACACACACAUACAGACACACACACACACAGACACACACACACAGAUACAGACACACACAGACACACACACACACAGACGCACACACAAACACACAUAGACACACACACACACACACACAUACAGACACACAGACACACACAGAUACAGACACACACACACAGACGCACACACAGACGCACACACAAACACACACACACACAUAGACACAUACAUACACACAGACACAUACAUACACACAGACAGACACACAGACACACAUACACACACACACAUAGACACACAUACAGACACACAGACACACACAUAGACACACAUACAGACACACAGACACACACACAGACACACACACACACACACACACAUAGUUUAGUCUGAAAAUGUGAACUGUUCUAUUUUGAAAGUAUUUUAACAGAACAAACUGAAAUAGUGUUUUUAUUUUGUCACUUCCUCCAGGAUUUAAUAAUUUAACGAUCACAGAAAUGAAAACAAAAUGAAAAAUUCAAUUUAAUAAAUUCAGUUCGCUGAUUCGGGCGGAGACGCGUCGUGUGACAUCACAACACGUGUUCUGUCGAACCUCUCUUCCGUUCACGUGUGUGGAAACAUUACACACGUGCGUUUUCUUUGCAGGGAGUCAAAAAGAAGAAUCCUGUGUUUGUGAUUUCACCGAUUUAAGGAGUUUUCCAGGACAAAAAGAAAUAAAGCACAAAAAAACAUAAUUUUGUAAAUCACUCAUUUUUGAUGCAUUACAAAAAAAAUUCUUAAAAUCCUGGAGGAUUCUGAUGAAUGUUUUCAUGCACAUUGACUGUUGUAAGUGUAACUGCUCUACUGUAACGAACUGGAUUAUGAAUUUUUAUCGAUUAUAUUUCUGAAGUCUAAUACUGUGAAGUACUCGCAUGUUCAUCAGGAAUCAAAAGUCUACACACCCCUAAAACUGCAGGAUGUAUAUGAUGACGAUAAAUAAAAUAAAAUAACAAUAAAAAUAAUAAGGGGGGUCACGGUGGCUUAGUGGUUAGCACGUUCGCCUCACACCUCCAGGGUUGGGGGUUCGAGUCCCGCCUCCACCUUGUGUGUGUGGAGUUUGCAUGUUCUCCCCGUGCCUCAGGGGUUUCCUCCGGGUACUCCGGUUUCCUCCCCCGGUCCAAAGACAUGCAUGGUAGGUUGAUUGGCAUCUCUGGAAAAUUGUCUGUAGUGUGUGAUUGUGUGAGUGAAUGAGAGUGUGUGUGUGUGUGCCCUGCGAUGGGUUGGCACUCCGUCCAGGGUGUAUCCUGCCUUGAUGCCCGAUGACGCCUGAGAUAGGCACAGGCUCCCCGUGACCCGAGGUAGUUCGGAUAAGCGGUAGAAGAUGAAUGAGAGAGUGAGUAAAAAUAAUAAUUCAAACCAUGAUAAAUGACGUCGGAUCGUCUUCCACCUUUAAGCCGAUACAACAACCGAUACACUCCGGUGGAGGUUCAAGAAAAAUAACCUGGUUGCAAAAGUAUUCACACCCUUCAACAAAAGGUCACUAUAAUCACAUUUUCUCUAAAAAAUAAAUAUAUAUAUGUGUGUGUGUGUGUAUAAAAUAUCCAUUGUUUUACAUUAAGAGUUUGUUUUUACUCUGAUGUCACUGAAGCUUGUAUUUGUAUAAAAUAAACUCGGACUGAAAAACCGAUCUUGAAUAUAUGAAGUAACGUGUUGCGUUUCCUGUAUUUGUUAAUA